AUGAAGAUGGUCGAGUGUUGCGUGCCGAAGGUGAAGGGAACCAACUUCGUCCGGAAUUUGGUACUCCUCCCAGGCCUCCGCCGGAAAGCAGGGGCCAACUUUGGCGACCUUGCAGCCACGGCUGACCCCGGGCUGGCCACUGAUCGAAUCAUUCAUGCGAUCGACGGCCUUCGCAAAGCCCAAGAUGAGGACAAGACGGGGACUAAGGGCCAGCUUAGUGCUCUCAAGGAAGGCGAAAAACUUGAUGUCUUUCUUGCCAGAGGCUGUGGCCAGCUCUCCGUCGAGCUGUGCAAGGACGUGUACGGAAAAGAAUUGUUCCACAGCAUCAAGCGCGCUGGACAUCACGCGAAGCAUUCAUUGGGACUCAUUAAAUGGCCUGUGCUCAUUACCAAUCGGGUAGCCCUCGCCGUCGCGGGUCUUUGGUGGGGAGGAUCAGAAAGCUUCACACUCCUUGCCUCUGAUUGCGUUACCGCACGUACAGAGCAGGUAGAAGCCUGGGACCCUCCGACCGAGCAUAAAAUCGAGGGUCGGGUCAAGGAACGGAUGAAGUUCCUGCAGGCUUUGCAGGAAGCCCAUGAGGAAGACGAACAUGCUGUUCCCUUCAAGUACUGCAUGGACCUCUACGAGGAGCUCUCUGCCGUCUGGUGCGAGGGGAUCCGCGAAAGGAGGAGGCAGCUGUGUGCAAAGCUGGGAACCGAGAAUCCUCGACUUGAAGACCUGAAGCUCAUCGCCCUCGCGCCAGGACCUGAUGGGAACCCCAACUUCCAAUUCCCACGGGUAUGGGACCUUAGCGGCCCCUCCGGGUACUACCAGCGCGUGAUUCUGCCUCGCCAGGACCAUGCAAUGGCUAGAUUGCUUAAUAAGCAGUUGCAUGACCAUGUCACCCGGGAUCGGCGGCCUGACCAUCGGAAGACCGCAGGUCCAGAGGACCGAGAGGGAACGAUUGGCGCACCGCCCGAUUCGGACGAAGGAAAGUCCGGAAGGGCGCCCCGUUUGGCCCUCAGGACUGAGGAUCCGAAGACGGGAGGGAUCGGGGAUAAGGCAUAUCCUGCUGGGAAGCGUCUCACCCCCACCGAGGUGAAGAGGUCUAUCACGCAUGCUGCGGUUUGUCAGAAGUACAACGCUUCGCAUCGCCUGCUGACGUUUCUUCUCGCAAGCACAGCUGCGGACUCCCCGGCUCCCUGCCAAGCCUCAACUUACGAGGCCUCUGGGAAAAAGCACCUCCUCUUGGAAAUGCUUUUCAAUCGUGCAGCCGCACCUGCAACCGUCAAGCAUAUCCAAAAAUGA